AUGGUGUCUAAGAACAAUCUUCUUGAGACCUUUAAAAGGAGUAAAGUGGAAAUAGCCCAGUCGGUAACUGCUGCUUUUCCUUUCCUGGCGAUACUGAGAGAUUACAAUGUCAUUUCUGACGAAAGGUUCCAGCAAGCUGAGGAGUCCCAGCGUUCCAAGCCUUUGUCGGAGGUGAUAUACAACAUCCUCACAGAGCUGGAGAAGGAAUUCAGCCCAGAUACUGUGGAAGUCUUGUUCCACCAAUCCAACUUAAAGGAUUAUGUGCCAUUUGUCCAAAUCCAAAAGCGCUUCAAAGAUGUGUUGCCAGGUGAAUCAUCACCCAAAAUCAAUGACGGGGCUCCAGGCCAGAUGAUCAGCUUGGGUGAGAGAGCAUCUAAUAUCAACACUUCCCAAAGCUCCAACAAAGAUGCCAGCAAAAACAAUGUACCCUUAAAGGUUAGGAGAAGACGGAAACAGAAAGCCCCUCGUAAGCAAGUGGGCUGCGUUAGGAAGAGAGGUCCAAGAAAGAUCCGGGAUCCAAAGAUGAAUUUCCAUCUCCCUGAGCUUCCUGUGACCUGCGGGGAGGCAAAGGGCAUUUUACACAAAGAAAAAUUGAAGGAAGGCUCCUCUAAGAAGUGCAUCGAAAUUGCAGAUGGAACUUGGCUCACCUUAAUGGAGUUUGAAAUCAAAGGUGGCCGUGAACUUUCAAAGAAUUGGAAGAAGAGCAUCUACUGUGGGGGCUACACACUCCACUCCCUCAUCCAGAAAAAAGUUCUACCCAAUCCUCCAAGAAUAUAUGGCAAAAGAAAAAAGAUCCUCUCUGCAGAUGAAAGUGGCAGACAGCCAGAAGCCAAUAAUGGGACACCUACAUGUCAGCCUUCACCUGCUCAGAAUGCAUCUCAACCUGGUCCUAAAAGAAGAUACAUCAGAAAGGAGGUAGCAGGAAAGCCACAUUCGAGCCUGCCCCAGUUACCAGAGAGCAGUCCAGUAGCAGUUUCACUGGCCAACCGACCGAAGUAUCUGGCAAGACUCCAAGCCAGAGACUGUAUUUCUGUGAAAUGCCAAAGGGGCACUGGGAUUUUGUACAAGAAAAGAUUUGCUUCAGUCGAUCGGGGGAAAUGCAUCCUCACAGAGACACAGUGGUGUACCCCGGCCGAGUUCUUGUGCCCAGACACUGAGAUGGAUCUUGUGUCCUGGACCCACAACAUCUUCACUGGCAAACUGUCCCUGCAGAACCUGAUUGAGAACAAGAUUUUGAAACUUCACCCCGACAGCUGCACCUGUACCAUCUGUAAAGGAGACUAUCCCUUCCCAGAGAAUAGUGAUGACUGUUUUGUGUGUGGAGAGGGAGGCUACCUCUUCUGCUGUGACUCAUGCCCCAAAUCUUUCCAUGAGAACUGCCAUAUUCCCACUAUUCCGCAGACUUGGGCAGAGUUCAUUUGCACCUUCUGCAUAAUAAAGAAGAAUAAGGAGAUGAGAGGUCAAAAGAGUAACCCCUCCCAAGCGGAGUCCCAAGUUAUAAUGCAACCGAUGAAAAUUGAGCAGCAGAUGAAAUGUGAGUUUCUUCUCUUGAGAAUGUACUGUAACUUGGAAAGCGUCCCCUUUACCAAAGAUCCAUGCCAGCAAAUUAACAACUAUUCCCAGCGGAUCAAAAACCCCAUGUGGCUGGACCAGGUGAAGGAACGCCUGAGAACCGAGACUUACAACAUAGUAGAGGGGUUUGUCCUGGAUGUACGCCAGAUUUUUAACAACUGCAAGAAAUUUAACAAGAACAACUAUUUUGGUCUUCUGGGAGCAAAGUUGGAGGCAGAGUUCGAGAAGGAUUUCAAAGCAGUCUUUGAUAUUAAGGAAGCAGAUAAAGAGGAAAUGAAUGAGCCUGGAUCCACACCACCAAGACGGAGCAGCAAUAUGAUGCAGCAGAAGACUGUCAGGAAUGAUGAAGUAUGGAGAAUACAAAUGGACACCCCAAGGACUCAAGCCAUGAAAUCCAUAACUUGGGGACAAGUCAAAAUUCAUAUGGCAGAACAAUCCCUAGAGGUGACCAGCCUCCCCAGGAUUGAUCUAUCUUAACUAAGCCACUUCUCAAAAAAACAUUUACCCAAUUUUAUGUUAAGUGAUUAUAUCACCCUUUGUUUUAACCCCAGCCCAAUCCAAAGAGCCCCAUCCAUCGCAUCUGUAACUUAUCAUAUCAUUCCCCUUUCACAAACCCUUUUCUUGUCAUUCUUCUAGUACAUACUCCUGAUCCCUGGUAGUCAGACUCAAAUAUCUAUACUCCACUUCUACUUCAGAUAAUAAAAAAUUGACAUCAAGCAUUUACUUCAGCUUUGUUUGUCUGAUAAGAGAGGAGCAGAUUUAGCGGGCAGAGUCUGAAAAAGCCCCUUGGAGCAAAGCUCUGGGAAGCACAGACCCUCAGAAAAACUGAGGCCAUAGCUCAGCUGAAGUUAAACAUGUAGCUCACUCCUCACCUGAGGUCUCAAACCUGUCCUGCUGUAACUGAAUGUUCCUACAAAAAUCACUGAUGUAUGCAUUCUCUGAGAAUCUGGUUUAGAUGAUUACACAUUAACAUAUUGAUUUAUUAACCUAUAGAAAACUGUUUAGAUUCGAUGAGGUAAGCCAAAUCCAUUGUACCACCUUGUAAAUCAUUGCCUUUUGUUGUGCAUGUGACCUAAGCUCUUGGCUUGUUUCUACACUCUCUAUAAAAUGGAAAACACAAUCAAUAAACUUUACCACUGAUCAGCAA